UCAAGCCCAAGAAUCGAACCCGCCCUAAUUGUAUGGUAAAAAUCGUUAACUAACAAAAGUCAUAUUCAUUCAUUCCUUUGUUAUCGAGACGAUUCCUACCGGUUGGAAGAAGAUGUCCGAGUUCCAAGCAAUAAUUCUAGCUGCUGGGAGAGGGUCUCGUAUGUACCCACUGACUGAGGACUGCCCCAAGGCAUUACUACCAGUAGGAAACCAGCCACUCAUUUGGUAUCCUAUACAACUGCUGGAGCAGAAUGGAUUUAAUGAGGCGUUGGUUGUAGUGCGAGACAGUGCAGCAGGUGCAGUGUCUGAUGCUCUGAGCAACUUGAGGGGAUUGCGUAUCAAGCUGAGCACAGUGACCAUCCCUGAGACAGAGGACUGGGGCACUGCAGACUCACUCAGACACAUACGCAACAAGAUACAUAGUGAUGUGCUCUUGAUCAGCUGCGACCUCAUCACCACCGUCCCCCUCAGGACAUUGAUGGAUUUUCAUCAAGUACACGAGUGCACUUUAACCUCUCUCUUGGUACGGGAAGAGGGUAGCAAGAGAUCAACAGAGCGUGACAUUGUUGGCCUGUCUGGUGACUCACGACUAGUGUACAUGUCAGCACAGGCCGACCUUGAUGACCAUCUUACUCUCAAUAGAGCCAUGCUCAAGAGAUAUCCUCAUAUACGACUGUUCACUGAGUUACUAGACUCUCAUCUGUAUCUCAUCAAGAAGUGGGUGGUGGAUCAUCUAGCGGACAACAGGGAGGUGUCUUCUGUGAAGGGAGAGUUGGUGCCGUAUCUUGUACAUCAUCAGUCCAUCAGAGCCAAUGAAACCUACACCAAACCACUCAAACAAGCUCUUGUGAAGGCUGCUUCUUCUUGUGUGGAUGAAUUGGAGACUUUAGCGUACGAAUUCUCAUCAUUUAACGGACACAUUGGAGGCAAUAAAGAGUUCAGAGAGGACCUUAUUCGAUGCCAUGCUCUGUUACUGGGGUCAGAGUUCACUACCAGAGUCAACACUUUGCCUGCAUUCACUGAGGCCAACAGAAUGAUUAGUGGACACUUGAGUGCCUUUGGACUAGAGAAGCCGCUCAGUCAGCCAAACUGGAGGUCAAAGGGAGUGAGUGUGAGUCCUGACAGUCAGGUAGCCUCCUCUGCUCAACUGGCCGAAAAGGUCUCCGUCAAAAAGGCCUGUAUUGGAGAACACUGUAGCAUUGGAGAGAGGUCAAAAGUCAUCAACUGUGUCAUCAUGGAUCAUGUGAACAUUGGUGAAGGGUGUAGUCUACAAGGCUGUGUCGUGUGCAGCCAUGCACGACUGGAGGAGAGAGUCACACUCAAGGACUGCUAUGUGGGAGCUAACUUCACCAUCACUAAGGAAGCUGACAUGCGUGGGGAGACCCUGGUGGUGGGGGGUGGUCUACACUUCUGAGAAAUCAACCUAUUCUCUCUUGAACAAACUAACUGGGCUUGUUCUCAUUUCUAAUUAUUGUUUUGUUCAUGCUGUAUACUGACAUGUGCUGUUUUCUAUGAUCAAACAUCAAACAGUCAAAAUAA